AUUGAGUCUACUUACCGCCAUAUGUCUGGGGUCCCUCUCCCUGAUGAAUCUGUACUGCAACAUGUUGUGGAUGUGCACUGCCAUCCCACCGAUGCACCUUCAAUAUCACCCGAAUCCAUGGAUAAACUCCAGAUCACUAUCUGUGCGAUGGGCUCGAGAACAUCAGACCAAGUUCUUGUGAAAAAAUUGGCCGCGUCGUAUCCCAAGAAAGUUAUUCCUUGCUUCGGAUACCAUCCAUGGUUCUCUCACUGUAUAACUCUACAGCCUGGUGCGACGAAGGACGAGCACUAUAGACGCCUGUUCGCCGUCGAAAACUUCGAUGAGUAUCAGGCCAUAUACAACACUCUUCCCCAGCCGGUGUCUAUCGCUGAAGUCAUUUCGGAAGUGCAGGCCAAUCUAGAGGCCUUUCCGAACGCGAUGCUUGGAGAAGUUGGACUUGACCGAGCUUUCCGUAUUCCUUAUGAUUACGCCGCGUUUCCUCGAGAGUUGACCUCCUUUACGGUUCCUAUUGACCAUCAACUUGCCAUCCUUGAAGCUCAGGUCGACUUGGCCGUUAAAUUACGGCGUAAUAUCAGUCUUCACAGCGUCAAGGCACAGAUGAACACUACGGAAUUUCUCAACAGAAUGAGUCAAAGGCAUGGUAGGAAUUGGAGUAAGAUUAGUAUAGAUUUGCAUAGCUGUGGGUUGAGCCCACAGCUAUGGCGCGAUAUGGAGAAGAAGCACAACAAUGUUUUCCUCUCUCUGUCUACCAUCAUCAACGGUCGCUCAUCGAAUCACAUUUCCCUAAUCCAGGCCUGCUCACCGAAUAGAAUCCUCGUCGAGUCUGAUUUCCAUGAUGUAGACAUGUGUACCCAGCAGACUUGGGAUAUGCUUCUGACCGUGGCCCGUACAAAUGGUUGGAUAGUGGAAGAGGUCUGGACCAGUGAAGUAGACCCAGCCAAGUGGGGUGCAGUUCGAAGGCUGGAGGAGAACUGGCGGCAGUUUAGGGCUGGUGACCACCAAGCACCGGAGUUGUCAAAGAGAAAGAAGAAGAAAGUCGAAGAGUGGAUAAGCGAAUCAAAUACCGAUUCCUGAAUAGAAACAUAACACGCCCUGAGUGCAAGAAUUGAAAUAUUGAAGUCCAACAAGCUUUAC